AUGGACAUGUUCCGUCUUUGCCGCAGCGACAACAUGGGUCUGCGCAGCACAGCUCCCUCGAUCAUGUUGCGUCUCGACAAGGUCCAGGAAUGCUACGAUUUCAUCAAAUGGUGGUACACGGGUACAGACGGGCAGUACGAUUGGGCAGACGCGAGCCUACCCUACUUGAAUAUCAAGGACGCUGACGUCUUUGAACCUUGUGAUGUCUUCAUCUCCGAAUUUCCGGACUUGGGUCAAGGCGUAGCGCUGGUUCUCCUAAAGAUCAAGCUGCUGAUGGACCUGCAGUCCCUCCAAGAAGCCUCCAGAUCAGUCGGAGACAACGUACCGCAGGAAAUCCUCGACAUGAUCCGAGAGAAAGCCGUCGGUCCCGCAGUCUCGAGUCGUCCGGAGAUCAUGGAGCAGCCAGACCAAUCACAGAACAUCGCCGCCAUGCGAAAACAGAAAUCCAACAUCCACUUCUGGCCUGCUCUGCUCAACCCAGCAUCCCACCUUGUUGCGAGACCCGAAUACUACUCAAGAGGUCAAGAGAGCGAAAUGCAAGUGACGCUCAAAUACUCGUAUGCGUCAUGGGCCGAAACACCAGGCGCUAUUGACAUCAUCAGAACUCUGUCGAAGGCAUAG